AGUCUAAAGUCUAAACCAUCUACCCUGCGGCCUUGCUUCUGUUCUCUCGCGUCGUUCUCCCGUGCUCCCCGCGUGCGCUCUAUCUGUUUCUGGUGGCGACGACUUGGCGGUCGCCGGCUCGCCGCCGCCGCCGUGCACAGUCCUUUAUUUUGGGGACCUUCACCGGCGACGAGCACCCACCAGGUUGCUUCACAAAACUUACAACAUCCAGGAUACAACUAAUAAGGAUUCCUUCAUCUUUAUCUGGAUUUUGAGGAGGUUGCUGAGAGCCCAUCCAGCAGGGUGUCUCAGACAUACUAAUGGACGGGGCGCCCAAGAUCCUUGAAAAAUCAUCACAUGAAUGCAUGUACUCUUGGUACUUCACCCGGGAAGAACUCGAGAAAUUUUCACCAUCAAGGAAAGAUGGUAUUACUGAAAACAAGGAGUCAGAAAUACGGCAUUUAUAUUGUUCAUUUAUCCGGGACGUUGGGAUCAGGCUGAAGCUACCUCAGAUGACACUAGCAACGGCAAUCAUGCUUUGCCAUCGCUUCUAUUUACACCAGUCCCUUGCCAAAAAUGGAUGGCAGAUCACUUCGUGAUUGGGCAUUUCAAAGGAAUCUAAAAAACUCAGUCAGGGAGGGAAAUACCGUCCUCCAGGUAUUAUAUAAGAGACCGAAACAUGGUCCUGGCCGAGAAAAUCACCGAACACUGGCCCUCCAUCACUAGCGGGUCGUCACCACCCACUCUGCAACGGCCCAAUCGGAGGAUGGCGCGCAGGACGUAACCCGGAAGCGUGCGGGGCACAACGAGGGGAUUUUUUUUAAACGAAGUCCGAAAUUUGCCCCCGAGAGGGAUCGAAUCGGGAACCUGGAGACAAUUGCAACAGUAUGUGUAUUUCUAGCGUCAAAAGUUGAAGAUACUCCUUGUCCCCUGGACUAUGUAGUUAGAGUAUCCUAUGAAACAAUGUAUAGGCGGGACACUGCUGCGGCUCAAAGGAUCCGCCAGAAGGAUGUUUUUGAGAAACAGAAAGCGCUCAUUUUGAUUGGAGAGAGAUUGCUUCUGACAACAAUUCGAUUUGAUUUCAACAUUCAGCAUCCUUAUAGACCACUUCUUGAUGCUAUGCAAAAUCUUGGCAUCAAUAAAAAAGAAGUGAAGCAAGUAGCAUGGAACUUUGUGAAUGACUGGCUUAAAACAACAUUGUGCCUACAGUAUAAACCCCAGUACAUAGCUGCUGGUUCCCUUUACCUGGCUGCAAGGCUUCACGAUAUCAAGCUUCCUUUGCAUGGAGCACAUGUUUGGUGGCACCAAUUUGGUGUUGCACCAAAGCCUCUGGAAGCUGUCAUUCAUCAAAUGAUGGAGCUUGCGGCUGUGAACAAAUCGAAUCCUGUUCGUCCCAAUCUGGUUAAGCCAAAGGAAACUUUAUGUGAAGCUAAACUGAGCUUAUCUAAUAGCCCAGACUCUGUGUUGAAUCAAUCAAGCUUGUUAAUAAGCAGCUCUAGUCCUGAUAUUGGCGAGACCAGUGACCAAGUGCAGGUGGAUUCUUGUCAAUACUUGAUAAGCAGCCAUACGGGUGAUUGUAGGGUCUCAUGUCCUGACAACAGUUCGUUGGAUACUUCUGGUAAAGCUCAUGAUGAAGAGAGAUUGGAUCAGGCCUUAAUAACCAAGCAUGACAGUGGGAUGAUGCCUUCUACUAGUAACCAGACAUCAUUAGAUGCUACUGUAGGCACUGAGAGCAGUGCUGAAUAUAUGAAGCAGGAUGUAAGCCAUUGCGAUGACUUCAAUAUCAGAGUCAAUGACCAAAGCUUGAACCAGGCGUUAAGAAAUCAGCAUGGUGAUGCUGUCCCAUUACCUGACAUGGUAUCACUAGAUGCUAAGGUGGACAAGGAAAGUAGUUGGUGUCUGGAACCAUUGAUUGCAAACUUCGACUGCUGCAUUGACAGCGUUAAUGUGGAUAGCUUGUGCACUGAUCAGAGAUUGGCUGAUGUUGCUUCAGGCCCCACAGCUGAUGUGCCAUCCGUGCUGCUGGCCAAGGAGAAUUCUGAUCCUUUGAGUGCAAAGCUCGAAAAUAUUGAUGUUGCCAGGAUAAAAGGUUUACUGAUGAAGAGGAAGAGCCGGAGAGAGAUCCAAAACCAAGCCAUUGCUUCAGAUGGCCUCAGUGAAGAAGCCUGGAUUGAGAGAGAGCUGGAGUCUGGGAUUGUCACAAAACAAGAAGCCAAUUGUGCCGCCAUCUCAGAUGAGCUAAGUGAUGAAGCCUGGAUUGAGAGAGAGCUCGAGUCAGGGAUUGUGACCGGACCAACAAACGAGCAGGCGAUCACUUUUGAUGGUUUGAGUGAAAAUGAUUGGAUCGAGAGAGAGCUUGAGUCUGGGAUCAUCAUUGAGCCAGCACCUGCUAUCAAGAAGCGGAAGCUGGAGUCAAGCUGUUAGCUCUUUAGCUGCUGCAUUCAGAGGCCAGAUUCCAAGCAGGUGAAUAAUUACAGAUGGAGGUACCCUGCGACUAGGGCACAUCGAAGCCAAGAGAUGUCGCAUAGAUGGGAGGAUCAAUAUUUUCCUUUUUUUUAUUUCUUUAACCAAACACCUCGGAAUACUUUGGCACGAGGGUUGUGUGUACAGUGGGAUCUUCCCAGUUUCUUGAAUUCAGAAUCACACGAGGUUUGUGUGUACAGUGGGAUCUUCCCAGUUUCUUGAAUUCAGAAUCAUAUCCACUGUAUCUGUUCCUUGUUUGUGUAAAUCUAGCAUGCCCGAAGUUCGGCUUUAAUUAGAUUGUAGGUGUAACUGUAGCAGGGAUUGUCUCGUGUUAAGCCCGACGAAAAAAUGAUUCAGUGUAACUGUUACUGGUAACCAAAGAAAAUUAGUUA